AGACCCCACAACUCUUUUCUUCUGCGCUGCGACACAAAGCUUCGAUAGAGCUCACCUCGCUGCUUCACCGCUCCGUACCGCGCAUACUCGCUUGUAAGUAUUAUAAAUAUAUACACACACAUCGCUGUUAACCGCCACCGUGCUGCACGAUGUCCGCCGCCACCACGGCCCCCGCGACGGAGCGCAGCUUCUCCGACCGCUUCAUCCGCAGCCACGCCGGCGCCGCCACCGGGGCGGGUAUUCUCGAAAUCGCCUUUUUCCACCCGUUUGACACGACGGCGAAGCGGCUCAUGGCGAAUAAGGGCUCCAUCUCGCGCGGCUCGAUCGGCGGGACGGCGGCAAACUUGAACCAAAUUAUCUUCAAGCAGCACGCCCACGACGGCCUCCUGCGCAAGGUCAUGUACCUCUACCCCGGCUCCCUGUACGCCGUCGUCUACAAGGUGUUCCAGCGGGUGUACAAGUUCGCCGGCCAGCCCUACGUGCGGGACUUCCUGAGCGCCAACUACCGCCAGAGCUUCACGCGGUGGUUCGGCAAGGCGAAUAAGGUGAUGGAAGACGCCAUGGCGGGCUGCUUGAUCGGGCUGGGCGAGGUCUUUCUGCUUCCGCUGGACCGCCUGAAGGUGCUGAGUCAGACCAACGAGCGCGCCAUGCGCAAGGGCCUGCUCCCCCUGCUGCGUCAGGAGGGCGUGCGCGGCAUGUACGCGGGCACGGCGGUCACGAUGUGCCGCAACGCCCCGGGCUCCUUCUGCCUCUUCGGUGGCACCGCCUUCACGAAGGGCUACGUCUUCGGCCUCUCUGACUACCGCAGCGCGACGCUCUUCCAGAACAUGUGCGCCUCGACGGUGGGCGCCUGCCUCUCCAUUGCCGUGUCGAACCCGAUGGAUGUCGUGAAGACACGCGUGCAGUUCCAGACAGAAGGCGAGCGCCGCAACGCGGUGUUCACGGCGACGGCGAUGCUGAGGGAGGAGGGCGUGACAUCCUUCUUCAAGGGCCUCACACCGAAGAUCGUCGCGUCGGCACCAAAGCUGAUCUUCGCCUACACCAUGACGGAGUACUUCUUCAAGCUGAUGAACCCGUCCAAGGCGCACUAG